AUGCAACGAUCCUCUUUUGCCAAUUCACAAGUUCCUCAAUACUCAAGAAAAACAAGCAUUUCAAGAAUGAGUGGUUUAACAAUUGGUUCAUGUAAGAAUUUAGUUCUUGAAGAAAAAUAUAAAUAUUCAUUAUUACCAUCAAGCAAUUAUAGUCAUUGCGUUGGUUAUUCUAGUUCUCCAACCCGUUUAAACUCACCACAUAUAACACCAACACUCCCAGAUUCAGUUCCAAGUUCACCACAUACUACACCCGCUUUAAGAGAACGUUCAGGAAGUGCUACGGCAAAAAUAUUUGAACGCAGAGAAUCACUUACUUCUUAUAAUAUUUAUUUAACAAGUUAUACUGACCAACUUGUUUCUAGUUGUUAUUCAUUAUUUGAUGAACCUAAAGUAUAUUUAAAACCCGAUAUUCCAUAUAUUUCUACAUUCUCUCAUGAAAGAAUAUCAUACUUUUCUGUUACAACAAGUAUUGGAUUAAAACAACUAAUUGAUGUUGAAUUCCAGAAUGAGUCAUAUGAUGUUUAUGUUGUAAUUACUGAUCUUACUGAAGAAUCAGGAUCAUAUUUAAAGUCUUUUUCUUCAAAGAUGAUUAAGUUUUUUGGUACACAAGCAUUAAAAAAAUUAAUUGUUGUUUCUAUGAAUGAUAAUGGUAUUGUUAAUGAUUUUUGUACUACUAAUGAAGUUAUUAAAAUAACUGAUGAAGGUGAAUUAAAAAAUACUAUAAUUUCAACAAUUAAUAAAUCUAAGAUGAGUUUAUUGUAUUCACGUCUUGAUAUUGUAAAAAAAAUUAUUAUUCUUGGUGAUUAUUUUGUUGGUAAAUCAUCACUAUUUAAAUAUCUUACUCAAGGAUCUGAAGAACCAAAUAAAUUUUAUGAAGCCUCUGUUGGUAUAACUUCUAAGAGAUCAUUCUUUGGUGAUGUAGAUGUUUUUGAUAUGCCAGGAGAUUUUAGAAUGAAAGCUCAAAUAAAUGAAAGUAAUGAUGAUAAAACAAUAGAAGAGAGAGCAGUUGAUAAUACAAUUAGUUAUUUACAUGAAAAACAAAUUGGAGGAGAUUUAAUUAUUGUUAUGUAUGAUGUUACUCGUAUAACAACUGUGACAUAUGCACAAAAUUUAAUUAAAGAAAUAAAAAGAGUUUAUCCAUUUGCAUCUAUUAUUGUACUUGGUAAUAAAUUAGAUUUAGCUUAUGAAUAUGGAAUAGAACCAAUUAACUGUGAAUUUAAUAAUGUAAAUGAUAUGAUUUCAUUAUCAUUAAAUCCUAUAACUAAACAAGUAUCAGAAAAAUUAUUAAAUAGAAUUAAAUUCUUAUUACAAUCUUCAACAAUGGACUUCAGUAAUUUUACAAAAGAAUUUAAUAAAGAAGGAAUAGUUAAAAUCAUUGAAGAAUAUCCAAAGAAUUCUAAAGGAGUUUCAAAAUUGGUUCGUUUAGAAAAUGCAAGAAUUACUAUCGGAAUGUCUAAACAAAAAAUUGGAACAAAACCAUUUUAUUUUUCAAUGGAUCAAACUACAACAUUCGAAGAAAUUGAAAAGAAAAAUCGUUUUGGUUUAAUUAUAACAUCUAAACAUCAAAAUAUUUGUAUGUUAUUUAAAGAAGAAUCCCAAAGAAAAGAAUGGAAAACUUCAUUAACAGAAAGUCUUGUUGUAAUUAAAAUUGGUACUUUAAUUAGUAAAAUUGUUAUUCAAAGAUUUAUUCACGAAGCUUUAAAUGAAAUAGGAAAUGAAUAUGAUCAUGACAGUGAUAUCGAACAUUUUAUUUCUUCAGUUAACUCACAUCUUCCAUCUAAUAACUAUUCAUUCCCUGAUCCUAUUUCAAGUAAUAUUAAUGUUACUGUUCCAAAUAAUCUUUUAACUUCACAAGUAACUUCUACUUCAUCACCAAUAGACAAAAUGAAAUCUCAAACACUCAAAAGAUCUUCCAGACUAUCUUUAAUUAUGUAA